UGGAGAACAAGGAAGGACCAGAAAACCAGGUGUAGCCUCUGCCAGAGGUUAGGAGCCUUUCUGCCAGCCACCUGUCCUGUGCUGCAGCCAUGCUGGCGCCGGGGCUGCCGGUCUGCCUCUGCGUAGCAGGGGUCCUCCAGCUCGUGUCAGCACCAGACAGCAUCUUGGACUCUGCCCUGCAGCUGGUGAGCGGCGGCAAGACCUUCUCAAGGGUGGAGGAGCAGCUCAGCUGGCUGGGGGCCCUGCAGUACUGCCGGCAGCACCACACGGACCUGGCCGACCUCCAGAGCAUGAACAGCGUGGCCGGCGUCAGCAGCCUCUACUCCCUCACCAGCAGCACCGAGGCUUGGAUCGGGCUCUUCUUUGACGUGCGCAUUCACGGCCUGCGAUGGUCCAGCGGCUCCAUCUUCUCCGCGCCGAAGUGGAGCGCGCUGCCCGUCUUCAAGGAGGGCAUCUGUGCCACGCUGCUUUCCGUGGUCAUUGUCCCCAGCCUGGGGGCCGCCUCGUGCACAGCUCAGAAGCCCUUCAUCUGCUACUAUGACCCUGACACGGUGCGUCCAAACCUCGUGGAGCCCCCUUUCAGCCUGACGCCCUCUCCAGAGCCAGCUGAGGUCCAGAUUGGCCAACUGACCUUCAAGCGGUUUGACCAGGGGAUGACGUGGCUGGCAGCCCUGCGGUACUGCCGCAGCCACCACACGGACCUGGCCGACCUGCAGACGGUGACCGAGCAGGAAGGCAAGGAGGUCCUGAAGUCCAUCACCAGUGAGACGGAGGCCUGGAUUGGCCUCUACUUCCACGCGGACUCCAGGUCUCUGAGCUGGUCCAGCGACUUGGGUGUCAGCAUCCCGCCCUGGCUGAAGGUGCCCACGUUGGGGGUAGGACUGUGUGCAGGAGUCCGCACCUACGCCAACUAUUACCCCCGAGUUUACGCCGUGGUCUGUUCUUCGCUGCAGCCCUUCAUCUGCUUCUAUGACCCUUCCGUUGGACACCGGCCGUCGGCAGCGCUCCCUAAGCUCAUCAAUACUCCCUCCUCGGAAGUGACUGUAGAGGUGACACCCAAGCCAGCUGUGCCCAGUGAAGGGAGUGGCGCUGGUGUGAGACAUACAGCUACUGCCACUCAGGCCCCACAGGUGAGCCCAUCGAGCCUCCCGGGGUCUGAAGGACACACUCCGGCGCCAGAAUCAGGAGGAGAAUGGGCCCCGAACCAGGCAGCGCUCUGUUUUCCAGGGCAACUCUUUGGAAUCCUGAAAGCAGAUUUUACUGUCCCAGCCCUGACGGACCCAGAGGAUAUGAAAGACCAGUUUUUGAGUGAGAUCCGAGAAGCCUUAAAGCUAACAUUAGGUCAUCAUCAAUUCAGACUGAAAUGGGUUGGCUUUGAAGUAAACAAAAAAUAGCAGACAUCUACUGAUCUGGAGUCUCCUCACACAACUUCGGAUUUUGAGUGAAUUUUAGUUUUUUAAGUUCCUAGUGGAUGAGAAUUUGAAAUAACUCCAGCUAGAUGAAGAGGCUAACUGGUGGACUCGCAGACCUACACCCAACACAAAAGAAAACUACAUAUGCAAGCUGCGUCCCUGGAUUUUAUAGCACGAAAUAGGUAAGCAGGAGAAGAUGGAGUGAUUAGGGAACAAUAACCUUGAGAAAUGACAAGCAAACACGAACAAGAAAAAGGAACCCCCAAAAUCCUGAAACAAACCCCAUUACUCUCUCUGAGGAGUUAAGAGAGGACAGUAGUGGUCUGGGAAGCUAGGUGGGGUCUUCCGUCCAAAUAAAGUGGACACUUUCUUUACCUACAACAAACUAGUAAAGAGAUUUCAAAUUCUCCAGAAUGAGGAGCUAAGGGUGUUAUCACAAUACAAUGCACGUGAAUGCUCGCUGUUUGUCCUAUAUCUAAGUAUUUCUUACCUGUAAGUUGUGAAAUUCUAAGACUUUGCUCUUAAUGUUAAAAUAAUGUCCCUGCAAACAUUUUCUUUCUGGUUUCUCUCCAAGCGUCCUAAUCACCUAGAUAUACGCUAGAAGUAAGAGGGUAAUAUGUCAAACACAGUAGCAACUUCAGUCUGAAAUGCUUAAAGUUAAAGUUUAUUUGUAUUCUUUGUAGGAUUAUCAAUAAAAGACCUCAAACAUUAUCUAUAUCUGUACAUGUACAAGAACCAUCAAAAAUUAUUCACAGAACAAAAAUAAAUCUUCUUUAGAACAAACCCAGGUAAUGAAAUGCAGAUAUGGAUCUCACAUAUGGAACUAUCUAAGUGCUACCAGCACAAAAAUAUGGCUUUAAAAAUAAAAUAAAAUCUUGGGUUUUGUUUUUCUAAGGUGUAUUUCUCUUUCUUGAAAUCAAAAAUAAAUUAUUUAGAGCUACCCUUGUAACAUAGUCAUGUGUAUUAACACCCGUUUAUUAAGGCCCUGGAGAUGAAACACAAAAGCAAAUUUGGAAGGUCAAGUGCUCACAGGUGUGGUUCAGGUUAGUGCGCUGCUGUCUGCUUGAGUUAACUGUAACGUAACUAGGCAAUACCUAAGCACCAGUCAGAAGCUGACCUUCACUGUUUAGCUCAACUUCCCUGCACGAUAGUGGUCAUGGAAUCAGUUGGUAUUUAACCUUUUGGUGAACUGGGAAUUGAAAUUUUCCCUUGGGAGUUUAGAAAUGACAUAAAUAUGCUAUUUAUACAUAAAUAUUGGUGCCCCCACACAGAUGCUAGAGACCCCUAAAACACAGCUUUUGUGGAAAUCGCUCUACAACAACAGAUAAAUCUGUUUGUAAGUCCCAAACUGGAAAAUUUCCUAGGCAAAGACGAGGGCACUUGAAUACAAAAAUAAGAACUGAGUAGGAAAUUAAAAUGCAUGCUGAAAUUUGGGCAAAAGCCACCAUUUUGCUUUCGUUGGGCGGCUGGCCGCAUUUGCCAAGUCCUGCUGAGCCGGUUACUCAGUCACCUGAGGAUUAACUGAUCAGGAGCCAAAACAACCUCUUUCUGGACCCUACCAUCAGAUCAGAGAUUCAGCUUUCUAAGACCCCCCCCCAAGGUAUCAAUAAUGAUAUCUAGGGUUCUUGAGCUAACAUCAAACCAAAUCAAUUUCAAGUUUACUUUAACUUACAUAUAUUUACAUAUAACACAUAUGGUACAUUUUAAAGAAA